ACCUUCUAACCUAGUUCCCUAGACUUCUAUAAGACCCUAGGCUUAUGCUUUAUAGUUCUAUUAACUUAACCUAUAUCUAGCCUACUAGGUUAGGAUAGUAGGUGUAGGGGAUACAGCCUAAUUCAGAAGGGUGGGUGCAGGGGUAGUGGCGGCCUGAGGCAGCGGCAAAAUCCCUCAUCGUGAUUCAGGGGUGGUGGAGGUUAUAUUCGAAAACCACAAAUCCUAAUACUAUUUUGGGGAAUACUGGUCGUGGGCGACUCACUUGUGUGGGCGACUCGCUUGUGAAAUGCGUUAAUAUAAAGUACAUUAUUAUAUUCUAGGCGGCGAUCGAAAGCGAAAUGCGAAAGCGAACUGCGAAAUGCGAAAUGCGAAUGCGAAAAGCGAGAAGCGAAAUGCGAAAUGCGAAAUGCGAAGUGCUAGUGCGAAGUGCCAGACCGCCCCUAAAAUAAGUAUCAGAUUGCAUCAGGGUUUUUGGUCGUGGUUAUAACUAUUGAGGGAUUUCUGUCAAAUUCUCGUCGAAGCUUGUGUAUUCAACAUUGCUCACUUCGAUCCAUACCACAAGCUUCAUUUGCACAGCCAAUUGGCAAGCGAGAUUCCAAGUGAUAAGCACAUUACAACAUCUGUCACAAUGGGCGAGAUCAAUCCCUGGAGCUAUUCGCCAAGCCCUGCGGCAGCGAUGAUAUUCUUGAUCCUUUUUGCAAUCACUACCCUUUGGCACAUCGUCAUCAUGUUCCGCCGCCACGCAUGGUACUUCACCGUGCUGGUAAUUGGCGGUGUCCUCGAGAUUGCCGGCUAUGUCACGCGCUACCUAGCCAGCAAGGAACAAAGCAACAUAGCACUCUUCGUCGUGCAGACCCUGUGCAUCCUUGUUGCACCCGCGCUCUUCGCUGCCUCCAUCUAUAUGGUCCUAGGGCGUCUAAUCACGCUCGUGCGUGCCGAGGCCUACUCGCCCAUACGACCGACGUGGUUGACCAAGAUAUUCGUGUUGGGGGACCUCCUCUCCUUCAUCAUCCAGAUCAUGGGCUCUGGGAUGCUGACAAACAAUUUCACCCUUGGAAAGACAAUUAUCCUAAUUGGCCUGAUCGCCCAGAUCAUCUGCUUCGGGCUGUUCGUCUUAGUCGCCGUUCUCGUCUCGCGGCGCCUAGCGCGAGACCCAACACCGAUGGCGAAAUCGCUAGAUAGACGCAGCAGUAAGAACGGCUGGGUGGGUGUCAUGCGCGUUGUCUUCUUUGCUAGCGCUCUGAUCUUCAUCCGGUCCUUCUUCCGUCUCAUCGAGUUCACUGGCAAUAACGACUCUCCUCUACAGAAGAGCGAAGCUUACCUCUAUGUUUGUGACUCGACGUUGAUGUUCGGUGUUCUGGCCAUUCUGAUCUACUACCACCCGUCCGAGUAUGUGAAGGCACAGAGUGAAGUCUGGCAGGGUCAAGGCGAAGAACUCAUAUAG